UGUGUGAGGGGCUAUCGAAGUCGAUCCACCUCUAGUCUUUUUCUAUUUUGGUCCGUUCGCUGUUUUAUUUAUGUUUGCCAUGUUAGAAAAAAUUAAUUGAUAGUGCUUAAAGCGGUAGACAGAGGCCCCAAGUGCGCUCCGUGCGGGAUUGCCUCGAAAAAACCCAAAAAGACGCGACCAACCAAAAGGCGAACGUUGAAAUCGCAACGGAAAUGGAAAAUCGUGCAGUUUCCACUUGCAAUAAAUUGUGAAAAAGUGUGCUUCUCUGUACCUCGGGGGUAUUUAAGUCAAUUGUGUAUAUAAUUGAAGGUGUAAUAUAGCUGGGGAGCGGCCAAGAAAUCGAGUGGGCGUCGGAGAAGCCACUCUAUUACUCACUCUUCUAUUUCCAUCCGAUCGACCAUCCGACGAACGACAACGAACAACAACAAACAGAGCAACAAAUGUUUGUUAAACAGCGCACAGCUGAAAGUUGAAGCAAUCUAGAGCGGACCGCGACAGCACCGACAAUGGAGCAGCCACUGGUGGUGCAGGCGGAGUACUCCUUCAUGGGCAGCAACAACGACGAGCUGUGCUUCCAGAAAGGAGACAUCAUCACGGUCACCCAGCGCGAGGACGGCGGCUGGUGGGAGGGCACCCUCAACGACAAGACUGGCUGGUUCCCCAGCAACUAUGUCAACGAAUGCAAAGGCCAGCUACCGCUGACAGAGACCAUCCGGCCGCCGGAGGAGAUCCAGGAGUACCGCUCGGUCGUCCUCAAGGAUCUCCUCGACUCGGAGCGGGCUCAUGUGGCCGAGCUGCAGGGUCUGCUCGAGAAUUUCCUGGAGCCCAUGCAACAGACACAAAUACUCAGCCAGGAUGAGUAUGCCCAGCUGAUGUGCAACUUUGUGGAGAUUGUUCGUACCCACGAGGAGCUGCUCAUCCAGAUCGAGGAGUGCAACGACCGGGUGGGCAAGCUAUUCCUCACCAGUGCCCCCCUGAUGAAGAAGGUGCACCAGGCCUAUUGUGCCUCCCAUCCCAAGGCAAUAGUUAUUCUGGACAAGUACAAAGACGAACUUGAAAAGUAUAUGGAAAGGCAGGGAGCAGCCACCCCAGGACUACUAGUGCUCACCACCGGCCUCUCGAAGCCCUUCCGCCGACUGGACAAGUACUCGGCCAUGCUGCAAGAGCUGGAGCGGCACAUGGAGAGCAGUCAUCCGGAUCGGGGCGACACCCAGCGCAGUGUGGCGGUCUACAAGGACAUAGCAGCCACCUGCUCGGCCACUCGCAGGCAGAAGGAGCUCGAGCUGCAGGUGCUGACCGGGCCAGUGCGUGGCUGGCAGGGUCAGGAGCUGAGCACCCUUGGCGACAUCAUCCACAUGGGCAGUGUGGCGGUGGGAGCUGACCACCGGGAUCGCUACUUUGUGCUCUUCCCCCAGACCUUGCUAUUCCUGAGCGUCAGCCAGCGCAUGAGUGCCUUCAUUUAUGAGGGCAAACUUCCUCUGACUGGGAUUAUAGUGAACCGCCUGGAGGACACGGAUGCCAUCAAGAAUGCUUUCGAGAUCAGCAGCCCCUUGAUAGACCGCAUCGUGGCCGUCUGCCAGGGACCCAACGAGGCCAACAAGUGGGUGGAGCUGCUCAACGCCAACAAUCCCACCCUGCCGAUGGGCAUCAAGCGGCAGCUGAGCAACCUGAGCAACUCCUCGCUGGGCCACCUGAACGCCUCCCACCUGAGUCAGCACCUGGAUUCGCGCGGCUACUGCACGCGGUUCUCGCUCUGCGCCUACUACUCCAGUCCACCUGGCCAGGUGCCGCCCCUGCGCUUGACCCUGCCGCCCAAGAACUAUCCGCCCACGGCUCCGUACGCCAAUCUGAGCGCCCACUUUGCCAGGCUGGUGAAGGGCGGCGGUCUCAGGAGCGCCAUCGUGAAGAUGCUUCUCUAUCCGCAGGCUCGCCAGAGCAUUGAUCUCAAGAGGAUUGCGUUGCGAAAGAAGCGAUGCCACAAAGCUGCGGCCAAGCUGAAGAACCUCAACGGCAACCAGGAGUCGGGGCAGUCGGAGCUGGAGCGGCAGGACGCCAUUGAACUGCCCACGGACUCGGAGAGCUACGAGGAUGACUUCGAGGAUGGGGACUUUCUGCAUUCCUGUGACUCGGAUCCGUUUGAGUAUGUCCAGUUCUACCAGAACAAGCGGAACGAUUCCAUGUGCAACUCCACGGGAACCUUUGUGGACCACGGCACAGGUGCCAGGCGGCACUGCUCCUCCAUUAAUCUCAUCAAGCUGGACUCCCUGGACACGGACGAAGUGCUGGCCCAGAACGAACUCAAGAAGGAGUCCCUUGUUAUUGGUUCCAAGGCUCUGAGGGCUCUGGCCCACAAAUCCCUUAAUCGAAAUUCCAGCGUACACACCUCCACGGCCACUUUGGAGCUGGGGACUGGCGGCAGCAUCACCAACUGCGUGGAGGAGUUCUCGCUCCAGCAGCAGAGCUCCGAUGCCAGCUCCAUGUAUGCAGCCAGGUUGGGCGGGGCGUUCACCGCCUGCGAGAACCUGGCGAGCAUGCCGGAUGAUCUCAGCCGGGAGCCGGGUGUCCCAGAGCCGGCACAUCCGCUCCCUCCCUCUCCGACAGAACGCCACAGCAUGCCCAGUAUCUUUGUGGGCAAUCGCUUCAAUGUCAGCAAGAACACGGAGGUGUAUGUGCCCACCUGGCGAGACCGCCAGGAUAUGCAGAACCAGAGCGUGGAUGCCGGCCAGUUGGAGGAGGAGGAGGAGCUGCACUCCAGCUCUAUGGAUCUACCCGCUGCCUGCCGGUCUGCUCCGGAUAAGCUGCAGGCCGAGUUGCUCUACAACUACGAUGAGGUCAUGCAGAAUCCCCUGAAGCUGCAGCGGGAGGCCACUCCCUUCCAGGGCCACAAUCUCAAUUCGGACAAGCGGGUGUCCCACAAAAGCGACAGUCCCUCGACGGGAAAUCCUAAGCCGGACUCGAGUGCUGCCGUCCGGAGUAGUUCCACCACGGAACUCUGCAUUGAAACCAACUCCAAGAAGCGAAACCCACCGCCGGAGAGGAGUAGAGACUCCAUUAGGCGCUGCAUCAGCUACCAGUUCCUGCAGAUGUCCAAUCGCCCAGGUCCACCUCCGCCACCCCCACGCCGAGACAAAGACCUCCACCUGGACACCAAGUGCCGCUGCUGCGAGAGCUCCCAGUGCCCCAGCCCGCGCUCCAGUGACAGCGGAAUGGCCGGCAGCUGCACCAUCACCUCACCAGAUCCCCCCAAUCCAGAAUCCUACUUCCCGCUGACCGAAACUGGCCAGGAUAUGCUGGACAAUGUGGAGCCAGAGCGGUUCGAUGUGUGUGGCAUGUUCCGGGAGAAGUUCCUGACGCCAGAGGCCACGCAGGAUGAGGAAGUGGAACCUCCAGACGAGCAAGCGGAGCACCAGCAGCUGCCGGAAGAGCCCACCACUCCUACCAACCGCAAAGAGGACUCCCCCUGCAUCAGUACCGCUCAAGUGCAGGUCAACUCGCGGAGCAUUUUCCUGCCCUCCAGCUCGAGUAUGGACGAGACGCACCGGAAUCCGCACACCAAUGAUCUCCUCUUCAGCUCCAGCUCCACGGACCGACUGGGGCAGCAGGAGACCUUCCGGUCGGGCAUGUACGCUCACUGGUGGAAGAAGGAGCGCCUGCCGCCGGAGGUGGUGCGCGGCAUAGCCCAUGCCUACAACAAGAGUUUGACUUCCAAGGACUCAAAGGACUCGGGCUCUGUGUGCUCCAGCUGCUACUGUUCGCUGGGGGCCAGCGGAUACAGCGAGGGUGCCCUGUACUGUUCCAUUUGCGCUGAUUUCUACAGCGGCAGCACCACCAGUACCACGAACACCACAACGACCACCGCCUCCUCCUGCUGUCCGCUGUGUAGCGAGGACGAGGGCAUGAUCGCCUCCAGCCACGACUCGUCCUCGCUGGACUGUCCCAUCUGUGCGGGCCGCGUUGCUUCGACGGCCGAAGAAGAUGUCACCACCAACGAGCCACAGCAUGUUGCUGCCACCGGGCGUCCGUCCUCCAACGACGCCAUCGAACAUACCGGGAAGCGGCAACAGCGGGAGCAACAGCCACCAGGGCUCCCCGGCCACCAACUCGAUGUCACAACACAAACGGAGCCAGUCGUUCAACCACCAUCUCAGCUACAAUCAGUACACGCCCACUCAGCCUCCACCACAUCAUCUGCAUCCACCACAACCACCAAGUCUACCAAGUCAUCUGGGGCCGGUCGUCCCCAGAUUAAGUUCAGCCCAGACACCAAGCAGCAAGACAGCAGCUCCAGUCACGGGGUCAUCCAUGGACGGCAGUCCGGCGGCGGCGGCGCUUCAGGCAGCAGCAGCAGCGGCAGCGGCACAGGGGCCAAGCGCAAGGAAAGGAAGCACAAAGGCUAACUGGACCAUCAGUUGCCUGCGUCCCACGCCGCCGUUGCGGCCCAGUUUGUUGAAGGCCACCAGCGGCUCGGGGAGUGGCGGCAGCGGAGGUGGCGGCGGCGGUGGCAGCAGCUCCGGCAAUGCCCUGGCCAGCUACUGCAGCGGAAGGAAGAACCAGCCCACCUACGAGGAGGACGCCCUGGUGCUGAGGGUCUUCGAGGCGUACUGUGCCGCCUACCAGAACAGCGCCCGGAACACCAUCCACUCGG